AUGGUAUUAGAUAUUAUGGCGUUAAAUGACACAACUGCCAAUGAUAAAUAUCUUGAAUUUUUUGAUGAUAACAAUCUAGUAACUAGUGAGUCACUCUUAACAGAAUCUGUCAAGUCAAUGGAAGAUGAAGCAUGGGUUCAUACAGGAAAAGUAGUGUUAUCAAUAAUAUGUUUUGUUAUGUGUAUCAUUGGUGUUAUUACAAAUACCUUUUCAAUAAUUAUUUACACAUCAGUAAAUUUUAGAAAAAGAUCUAUAAAUAUUUUGUUAACUGGAAUGUCAGCAAGUGAUUUAGUUGUAUGCCUUUUGGCUGUACCAGUAUUUAUUGGAACUGAAUUACCAACAUUAUUUCCCAAAAUUGAAUUACCACCAAAAAUAUUAGCAUACUGUAUUGUUUAUUUAUAUCCAAUCACAAUAAUGGCAGGUUGUAUGUCUGUUUGGAUGCUCGUAUCAAUUACUGUAGAUAGGUAUUUAGCUGUUUGCCAUCCAUUUAUGGUUCGUGUUUAUUGUACUAUUAAUAGAGCUAAAAUAACAGUUGUUGUUAUAACAAUUGUAACAAUAGCAUUUAAUUUUGUUAGAUUUUGGGAAUUUGAUAUAGCAGAACCAUCUGAAGAAACAGGAGGAUUUGCGUUUAAAAAAUUACUUAGAGCUGAUCCAAUAUUUAUGUUAGUAUAUCAAAAUAUUGCCUAUAUAAUAAGUCAAUAUCUUUUACCAUUAUUUGUUUUAUGUCUCCUUAAUUUAGAAGUAGCAAAAACAAUUCUUAAAGCUACAGAACAAAGAAGAGAAUUAGUAAGUAGUGUAAAAACAGAACAUCAAACAGCUAAGAUGAUGAUAUUUGUAGUAAUAGUUUUCAUAUUUUGUUAUACAUUUGGGAUUUUUUUAAAUUUAUUAGAACAUUUAUAUCGUGAAAUUUUUGAUACAACUAUUGGAUAUAUGUUAAAUGAUAUAAAUAAUAUUCUUGUUGUUUUUAAUUCUUCUAGCAAUUUUAUAUUUUAUGUUAAAUAUUCUACUCGAUAUAGAGCAAAAUUACGUGAGCUUAUUGGAUAUUGUUUUUUAUGUUCAUCAAAUUCAAAAAAUAUAUAUUCUGAGGGAAAAAAUAUAGGUAAAAAAAUUACUAAUGUUGGAUAUUCUGUUGUCAAUCAAGGAAAUGUACCAAAUUCACCAACAUGUUAUAAAAAAGAUGAAAAUGUCAGGGUAAUGGAUAAUAGUUUGUUGGAGGAACAAAUUAUUAAUUAA